AUGAUAUCGACGAGCUUUCUCCGAGCUACAGUCGCCUUUUUAGCAUCGACUCGCAUAGUUUCAGGCUCCACCAGCAGCGAGAAGGAGCAGUUCAAGCACGUGACAUGGAAUGAUGAAGAUUGGGUCAUCUCGACGCAUGCUCUGGACCAAGGCCACUACCAAUCCCGCUUGACCCUCGCAAACGGGUAUUUUGGAAUCAAUGUCGCAUCUGCAGGACCGUUCUUCGAAGUCGAUGAACCGGUUGAUGGCGAUAUCAUAAGCGGAUGGCCCCUGUUUAGCAGGCGACAGGCCUAUUCGACAAUCGCAGGCUUCUGGAACAGUCAACCCAGAACAAAGGGGUCGAAUUACCCCUGGCUUUAUCAAUAUGGAUGGGAAAGUUUUACUGCCGGUAUACCACAUUCGAGUGGACUUAUUGUUGAGGCGAACGGCGAGUUUUUGAACGCAUCGGUCAAUCCAGACCACAUCUCAGACUUUGUGUCGAGUCUGGAUGUGAAGGCCGGAAUUGCUAGUUGGCGAUACAACUGGAGGCCAGGGGGCUCUGGAGACGUACUCAUUGACGUGGACUACCAGUUGUUUAUCCACAAGCUUUACGUCAACAAAGCUGCAACCAGGCUACGACUUACGGCAACCCGUGAUGUAAAUGUUACGGUGUACGACGUCCUCGAUGGAGACUGUGCAGUUCGUUCAGAAUUCGUCGACAAAAAGUAUGAGGAGGACACGCCAACCAUCUGGUCUGCCGUUAGUCCGGGCAAUAUCACUAAUGUUACGGCAUAUGUCUACUCAACUCUGUCAAGUAACGACUGGGUCGACCUCGCCGCCCGCAGCCAAGUAGGAGACGGAAUAUUCAGCAGCGGCAACGGCUCAACCAUUGCGCAGUCUGUCCCUGUUGAACUGGUCGCAUUCCGCCCUACUGAGAUCACGAAAUUUAUCGGAAUCGCAUCAACUGAUUCCUUCCCAGAUCCCCAGAAGGUAGCACGAGAUGCUUCCCUAUCUGGUGCUGAGGAGGGUUACUCUAAGCUUAUACGUUCCCACAUUAAAGAGUGGGCCUCUAUCCUAACGCCAGACUCGGUUGACGAUUAUCGCUUACCGAAUGGCUCCCUUCCGAACGAUCCCGAAGUGAAGGAACUGCAUAUCCUGGCCCGUACGAACCCGUUCUAUCUCUUAUCGAACAUGGUCGGGCCAAAUGCUGUAGCCGCAGCCGGUAACAACACGAAGCUGGAUAUCUACAGCAUACCAGUCUGUGGGCUUGGCUCUGAUUGUUACGGUGGCUUGAUUUUCUGGGAUGCCGAUGUGUGGAUCAGUCCCGGAAUCCAAGUAUCACACCCACAGCAUGCUCAGAACGUCAUCAAAUAUCGCGUAGAGCACUUUGAGCAAGCGAAGCGGAAUGUUGGAACAGCUUUUACCUCAAGCAAGAAUCAGACGGGUCGGUUCACUCCUGGCGGAGCUGUCUAUCCUUGGACCAGUGGACGUUUCGGCAAUUGCACAGGGACUGGGGCUUGCUUUGAUUACGAAUACCAUCUUAACGGGGAUAUGAGCUUGGCUUUCAACAAUCACCUCAUCAUCACAGGUGAUGGACAAUAUUUUAACGACACCUUACUACCUAUAUCAAAUGCGGUUGCGCACUUCUUCGGGCAGCUGCUCGACUUCAACGAGACUUCUGGUGCCUAUGAGAUAUGGAACGCCACUGACCCCGAUGAGUACGCGAAUCAAGUCAACAACAAUGGAUUUACUACUGCACUCAUUCAAAGGCAUUUUCUCGAGACUAACGAGUUUAAUGCCUGGUUUGGACGCAAACCUAACGCUAGCUGGGCAGAGAAGGCCUCAAAGAUGAGGCUUCCAGUGAAUGAGGAUGCGGGGAUCAUCGUGGAAUAUAAUGGUAUGAACGGAUCGGUCACCGUCAAGCAAGCAGACGUGGUUCUGGUUGAUGACUUGUUGCAUUACCCAAAUCCCUACAGCUUGGCAAACCUGGACUACUAUGCGGCGAAACAAUCACUUGAUGGUCCUGCGAUGACGUACUCAUCGUUUGCUGUUGUGGCAAACGAGGUGUCUCCUUCUGGAUGCUCGAGUUUUACAUACGACGUCUACUCCUCUUCGCCUUACGUCCGUGCACCCUGGUAUCAGUAUUCAGAACAACUUCUGGAUAACGUCGAAGAAAACGGUGGAACACAUCCCGCAUUCCCAUUUUUGACGGGCAUGGGAGGAACCAACCGUGUUGCCAUCUUCGGAUACUUGGGCCUGGGAUUGUAUUACGAUAAACUGGAUAUCGAUCCCUCCCUACCUCCGCAAAUAGAGCACCUCAACUACCGUAUAUUCUACUGGAUGGGUCAUGGUAUUAAUGCCACAUCCAACUCUACUCACACAACAUUAGCACGACUGCCUAGGGGGAAAUAUACCCUACCUUCAGCAAACGCUACUUAUUUCGAAAAGCCAAUUCCAGUUACUAUUGGUACCCGCAGCAGUCGAGAUAACGUGACAUACGAGCUUGGCGACGAACCACUCGUAGUCCGUAACCGUCCAAUGGGCGAGAUACUUACAGUUGGUGGAAACAUCCUUCAAUGCAAGAAUUUGCUACCCCCACCUCAAGGGAACAAGCCAGGGCAGUUCCCUAUCGCCGCCAUCGACGGAGCUGCAAGCACGAAGUGGCAACCUGAAUUUGCAAAUAUCACAAGCUACCUUACUGUCGAUCUCGGCACCUCAUCCUUCUAUCCUAUCAACAAGAUUGUCAUGGACUGGGGCAACCAGCCUCCCUCGCAUUUCGAAAUUUAUUUCUCUAACUCUACGCUUCCGCCAUUUUCCGACACUCGACUUAAAGAUGACGUGAAGAAGGUCACGACUGGCAAGAUAGAGCUGAGUGCACCAUGGGAUCCGGUGACAGCAUAUGAGAUUAAGACCUAUAUCGGUAAUCAAACAAAUGUUACGCUUCAAGAGAGUAUCUGGAGCGGAAGGUAUGCUCACCUUGCGGUGCUGGGCAAUCAGUUUUCUGAAGAUGCUAUGGAUGGAGGUACAGUUGCUGAAUGGAGCCUUGUCAGGGAGGAGUAUUGA